AUGGACGCCGAUCUGCGAAUACCCGAUAUACCUUUAGCAAAAGAAGAAGACAUUGAUUCCAACAAAAAUAGUCAAAAUGAUGAAGAGGAAAACCCCAUCAGAUCGGCAGACGAAGAAAGAAUCAGUGAUGAAUUCUCAGGAUCACUCGAGGACUUGGUAGGCAACUUUGAUGAAAAAAUUAUAAAAUGCCUCAAAGACCAUGAGGCUAAUACGGAGGAGAUAGCUCCAGUUCAAGUACGAACUCAGGAUGAAAUCAUGUCAGAAAGCCAAACAUGGUGGACUUUGACAGGAAACUUCGGAAACAUUCAACCAUUAGAUUUCCAUAAAUCAGCAAUUCGCAAGCAUAUGCUUCCUGCUCUGGAUCUUCAGGAUCGAACGAGCAACAGCGAAGACGGAGGAGUGUCAUCCGGUGAUGAGGACGAACUAAGACAUCAACUAGAUAUGCAUCAGCUCGUAGCACAGGGAAGUCUCACAGACUCCCCACCACAGACGGCUGAUCAGGUCAUCGAAGAGAUCGAUGAAAUGCUACAGUCCUGUGAUUUUACGGCCUCUAUGAUGACCGACAGAACUAUGGAAUCUGUUGAUUCCAUGUACUCGUCCAUGCGGUCCCCUUUACCUUCCGGGGGCCAUUGCUCAGACGCUGACUCAAAAUUGCGUCAAACGCAAGCACUCGCUAGCAAUCCAGAAAGAUUCAACAGUGAAGCCCUACAUGAUCUCCAAGAGUUAUCAUACUCCAAGUUGGUCACUCUGAAUGCUGAAAUGGAACAACUCAUCCAAGUUUAUAAUGAGAGUUUAGUGGAAGAGUUAGCCCAUAGAGACGAACUGGAAUAUGAAAAAGAAAUGAAAAACUCUUUCAUCUCACUACUUCUUUCAAUACAGAACAAACGUCGUCAGUUCAACAACGAACGGAAGCGGAAAGGAUCCAAAAUUGAUCCUUCCCAGAUGCCGCAGUUCAUGACAGCUACCAUUCCCUACAAUGAAGGGCAGCAUGUCGACAACGCCACCUUAGCCCAACUCAUUAAAAUUCUCAAAGCUAUUAAUGAUGACAACUCCACAGUCCCGUCUUUACUUACUGACUACAUUCUCACUGUGGUUUGUCCCAAAACAGUAGCUUGCUAA